AUGUGGCUUUAUACAGUAGAUAUAAUCUUAUUCCUUAUUUUGGAUGCAGUAAUUAUGCAGCAAGCUAUGAAGAUGAGAUCCAGUUACUAUCAUGAUAUACAAUUAAUUAAUGUUCCUUCAAUAUCACAUCGUUCAAGAACAUGUUUUAUAUUGCUAUGCUUAAUUGCAAAUAUUACAAGAACACUUUCUAUAUUUAUUUUGGAUGUAACAUGGUUUCCAAUAGCUGGAUAUAGUAGUAUAUCCUAUAAAAACACUGAUUUGGAAAUGUGGUCAUUCUGCUUAUUAAGGACAUUUCCAUGCCUGCUACAUCUUUCAUCUUACUCUGUAGUAAUAUUAUUUUGGGCACAUGUAUAUUAUACAGCUAUUCUCAUAAAUACUCCAUAUAUGGUUUUUUUUUUUGUAGUUACAAACAUCAUAGUAUAUAUGCUAUAUAUAGUUACUGCAAUACUUUUUUUGGUCCUUAACCACUUACUAACUUUUAUCCCAUAUGCUUUAUUUCUAAUUGGAAUAUUAUAUAUAUUAGUAUCAAUAUCACUUCUUUAUUUUGGAUGGAAAGUAACUUCUCAUUUAUCGAGACGUACUUCAAGUGGAACAGUUCUCAGAUAUAAUGUCAUUCAACGGGUAUUAUUCUUGACAGUAUUUUGCCCAUUACUACUUAUUUGUCGCGGAUCUUUAUCUAUAAUGCAAGCAGUCUAUCAUAUUACUGGUUUACCGGUAAAUUUACAAAUUAUUGACAAUUCUCCUUUGGGUGAUACUUGUUUGUUUCUAGCUACUGAAUUGUUGCCAUCUAUAAUUGUAUUGGUGUCAUUUUGGCAAAAGAGAUCUCCUCCAACAUUGACUAUAUCAGCAAGAGGACUUGGGUUUACUUCAGGAGUCUUUAAUACUGGCAUACAUAAUAAUGAACCAAGUCAAUUUGCUCUUGCAGCUACUAUGCCACUUAUUCAACCAACAUCCAAUUGGAAUGCUCAAACAGAAAAAAUAUAA